CAGUGACCUUGAACUGGGCGGUUUCACCAGUUUUGAUAUAACAACAAAUUGAAAAAAACAACUGUACAUUCACACAAAUCAACUUAAUAGAAUCUGGGUGAUCAUGUUUGCCUCAUUAAAAGGAUUAUCUGCAAUCGUAACUGGAGGAUCAUCAGGACUUGGACUGGCUACAACUAAAAAAUUAAUUGCUGAAGGAUGCAAUGUGUUGGUGUGUGACUUACAAAAGUCUCCUGUGCUAUCAGAACUAGGCAGUAAUUGUGUUUAUUGUGAAACAGAUGUUGGCUCGGAAUCUGAUGCAAAAAAUGCUGUAGAUUUGGCCAAGAAAAAUUUCUCAAAACUCCAUAUUCUGGUUAAUUGUGCUGGAUUGGCAGUGGCCUGUAAAACAUUUAAUAUCAAACGACAAAAACCUCAUCCGCUGGAUUUAUUCGAGAAAGUAAUAAAGACUAACCUCAUCGGUACUUACAAUAUGAUUCGACUUGCAUCUGGUUUAAUGAUAGCAAACGAACCAGACGCUGAUAAUCAACGUGGUGUAAUAAUUAAUACUUCGAGUAUUUCAGCAUAUGAAGGUCAAGUUGGACAAGCUGCUUAUUCAGCAAGUAAAGGUGCGAUUGCUAGUCUUACACUGCCAGUUGCUCGUGAUCUUGCACGAGAAGGGAUUCGGUGUGUUUCCAUUGCUCCAGGUCUAAUGAAUACGAAGUCAAUACUGGGAGAGCGUGGAUUCAAUCCUUCUGAACUUGAUUAUUUAAAUGAUAUUCAAUUGGCGAUACAGCGUAUGGGUAAACCGGAUGAAUUUAGUUCCUGUGUAAUGAAUAUUAUUCAAAAUCCAAUGAUCAACGGUGUUACCUUAAGACUUGAUGGAGGAGGGAGACUUAUAUUUUUAUGAGACUGUCGUAUUUUACUUUCUUGUUGUGUAUAUAAUCGUGUAUAGACAAUUUACAAACAGAAUAUCUAACCUUUGUACACAGCCACUUACAGACAUACGUUGUAUUUAUCAAUUUUCCAACUUAUAUUUCUUUAGGAUUGUUUGAUACCCCAUUACUUAACGCCGUACCGAAUGUAGAAUUGUUGAAAAAGCUUUCAUUAAACCCAAAUCGUAUAGGUCAACCUGAAGAAUUUGCAAAACUUGUUGAAUCCAUCAUCUGUAAUCCAAUGAUUAAUGGUACAGUAAUUCGAUUGGAUGGAGGUGUACGUCUGCCUCCUUAAAUAAUUAUUUCUUUAUAAUUCUCAUCAUUACAAUCAAAAUAUAGCAUGUAUAUCAUUUUUACACUUACAUAAAAAAUUGCUCAAAUCCUCUAUUGUUGUUAUUCUACUUUAAAUUAAAUAAAGCUACCAUUAUUA